AAUAAAUAAAUAAAUAAAAUAAAUCUAAACACGGUUCUGAGCAGACAUCUGAAAAGAUUUUUAGAUCAUUCUGAAAGGGAAUAGGGAAGACCUUAGUUUAACUACCAACAAUAUGAUUUAGGAUCCUGCUUACAUGGUGCAUUGCCUGCAUGGCAGCAUUUCUUUAUAAAUCUCAGCUGCAGAUUAGUAAUAAUGUGUGUGAAUUGCCUGUCAGCUUCAGUCCUAUCAUUAGUCCAUUACAUCUUUAUAACUUAUUUUACAUCAUUUUAGAUAUUACAAAAUUUGCAUUCUGGGAUUCCAUGGAACUAACAUCUUUCAAGAAUUUUUGAGCACUUAACGAAGAUUCCGUGGUGUUCACAUCUAUAAAAUGAGCAUUAUGGUAUUGCACCAGCAUGAUAAGGCCUCUUGUUAAUCUGAAAUGCUAUUAUUCUGUUGGUUAAAAUGAUGCUAUCUGUUAAAAAUACCAGUGGCACUUUUUUUGGUCAUGGUACCAGAAGUGCAUUUGUUGUGACAUUUUACUUUACUUAGUCUUCCAUUAAAAUUCAAGCACCCUUGGGAGAAAAUAUGCAUUAAACCUUUAUUAUCUAUUAACACCUCGGAAAAAUUGCUUUUUAGGUAAGUAGUUGUCAUAUUAGAAAACAGAUGGGGCUAGACACCCUGGACCAUAAAAGGGAGAAGGAUUGAUCCCAGAAAACAAAGGAGUUGGAAGAGACUUUGUGGCUUGCAAACUCAGAAUGCCUCCAGGGAACCGCUGGGUUCACAUAAGAGUAUGUAGUGGCCAACUGAAGAAAACAGGCUUAUGGUGCAUAUGCUGUUCCUCUCUAAUUAUGGUGAAUUUUAGCCUUAUUCUUUGUUAAAUGAAACAGUCAUUCAGGGGUUAAACAGAAUGGACAAAGAAAAACAUCAGAAGUCAUAAUUUUUAUGGCCUCUGUUAUAUUACAUGGGAUGCCAUAGAUGAAAGACUGCUUCAGACCGAUCCCCCAAAGGAUCCUAUUGAGGGCAGAUGAGAACACUGAGAAUCUGGGAUAGAAGGGUGCUGAAAAGAAAGAGAUCCAUAAAGAUUCAGAGCACUCUCUUGACAUUACUUAUACCUGACCCCACCUUUACGAAUAGGCAAAUUGGAUGCUUCCACUCUCCCUCGGGGUUGAUAAACAGCGGUGUGCAUCAGAAUCGCCUGAGUAGCUUUGCCAAGCUACAUCUGAAACUAUCCACACCUCACCACAAACCAAGAUUUUGAUUCAGCAAGUCUGCUUUGGAGUUGAUUGAGUAAUUUGAAAAAAAAAACAAAAAACAAAAAAACACCUCAGUUUGAUUCAGCUUUACAUAUGCAAUUGCAGACCUGUGCUCUUAGAAGUAGAGGUUUCCAGUUUACUCUUUGAAAUAUGAGAGUAACUCUGCUUUCAGAAUAAUUCCUUCAGGGCCGGGCGCAGUGGCUCACGCCUGUAAUCCUAGCACUUUGGGAGGCCGAGGCAAGCAGAUUGCCUGAGCUCAGGAGUUUGAGACCAGCCCAGGCAACAUGCUGAGACCCCGUCUCUACUACAGUACAAAAAAUUAGCUGGGCGUGGUGGCAUGCGCCUGUAGUCCCAGCUACUUGGGAAGCUGAGGGAGGAGAAUUGCUUGAACCCAAAAAAUGGAGGGUUCAGUGAGAUGAGAUCCUGCCAGUGCACUCCAGCCUGGGCAACAGAGGGUCCCUCUGUCUCAAAAAAAAAAAAAAAAAAUUGCUCAGAUGCACGACUACAUUGUGGUUUGGCACAUUUAAGUUUCCAAAGUGAAUUAUUUCAUUCCAUAAAAGAAUGUAGAAAAGCAACAUACAUAAUUAAAGAGUUAGAAAUAGAUUUCAUGAGGAAAGAUGGAAGAGUUAUAUAAAGCCUGAGCAGUUGGCAACUUCAGGUGUAGCAAAGCUAGUGAUAAGAAGGCACAUAAUACAAAAUAUAAAAGAAUUGGCUGGGCAUCGUGUUACACGCCUAUAGUUCUGUCUCGGGAGACUGAGGCGGGAGGAUCACUUCAGCGCAGGAGUUGAAGGCUACAGUGAGCUUUGACUGUGUCACUACAGUCCAGCCUGGGUGACAGGGUGAGACUUUAUCUCUAAAAACGAAAAUAAAAAGACGCAUAAUUAUUUCUGAUUGGACUAUAAUAAACAUCAAACUGUAUCACCUGAAUUAUAAUCAUACAGACAAUAAAAAUUGAUAUAGCACCAUAAAAAUAUUUGCUUGUCCUGCUUUCCCAGAAAGACUUCACACUGCAUAUGAAUUUUUAUUUUAAUCAAAGCAGUUCAGGAUUAAUCACUAACAAUACAACAGUAAGCCUGCAAUAGAGCAGAUGGGAUCAAUUUGUUGUAAAGAAAUAAGAAUUUCCUAACAGAAAAAGUUGUUGGACAUUUAAUAUGACCAGAGAAGUUUGCAGAAUUUCCAUCGUUGCAGAAUAAAAGUCUGAGUUCAAAUGAGUGGCUGGCUAUCUUAAAUACUUUACAUGUGACACUUACUAGAGAUACCAUGCUUAAUUCUUUCAGUGACAUACAGCUUCUGAGACUCUUCAUUUUAAUAAACAUUUUGCCAUUUUAUACUUCCACUUUGGGCAAGGUUAGAUGCAAGUGCACUUAAGGAGGGUCCAUUUUUUCCCAAUUUGUUGGUUGAUAUUUUCCUAAUAUUUUCUCAGGCCAGUCAGUCGUUAUCAUUCCCAUCCUAGUCCGUGACUAUUUUGUUGACACAUGUCUCCAUGACUCCAUUUUUGACUUUUCAUUUGACUUUCAUCUUGGACCACACUUAUUCAAAAAAUAUAUACUGCAGAAUAAAUCUGUAAAUGUGUGUGUGAUUUCUUUGACUGCUGAGAAGAAUUGUGAUGCCAACAUUUACUGAGGUUGACUGCGUGGCAGAGACUAUACUAAAUGUUUUACCUGGGUUAUCUCAUGGAUCCACACCUGAUGCUGCAGAGGUGAGGUACUGCUCUGUCCCUUCUUAGCAGAGGACAGACAGGCUCAGGGAGCUCAGGAAAUGUGCCCACAGUGAGAUGGGUAAGAAGGCGUGUUGUUGGGAUCAACAGGCUGGGUCAGUCUGACUGCAAAGUUGUUUUUUUUUUUUUUUUCUGAGAGAGAGUCUUGCUCUGUUGCCCACGCUGGAGUGCAGUGGCACAAUCUCAGCUUACUGCAGUCUCUGCCUCCCAGGUUCAUGUGAUUCUCCUGGCUCAGCUUCUCGAGUAGCUGAGACUACAGGCGUGCGCCACCACGCCUAGCUAAUUUAUAUGUAUAUUUAGUAGAGAUUGGGUUUCACCGUAUUGGGUAGGCUGGUCUCAAACUCCUGCCUCAGACAAUGUGUCCACCUCAGCCUCCCAAAGUGCUGGGAUUAUAGGGGUGAGCCACCGUGCCUGGGCUAACUCCAAACUUCAGAGACAGAGUUAGAUUGUGCUUUUAUAUUAGUGAUUUCCAGUUGAGAAUUAACAGCUCUCUCUAAUUCACUUCUCUUUGGAAACUUCUUUCAUUCAGUUCUAACAUUGUUGUGGGGAACAAUAAAAUGUCUUUAGAUGCCACGUCUCAGUCUUGACCACACUUCGGAAUUACCUGAGAGUUUUCAGAAAAAUGUUGGGCCUUGAACUUCUCAUCUCAACUGAUCCCCCUGCCUUGGCCUCCCAAAGUGCUGGGAUUGCAGGCAUGAGCCACCACACCUGGCCCCCCAAAAUACUGGAGUCCCACCCUCAGGUAUUCUGUGUUCAUGGAGUAUAGCCUAGACAUGGGGAUUUUUAAAAACCCCAGAUGAUUCUAAUGUACAGCAGAGUUUGAGGAUUCCUAUUUUGGAACAAUGCAAAUUUUUAAAUUCUAAAGUCUCAUCUUUCUUUUAGUAAAAAAGUAAUGUUUUUAUUACAGAAGUAGUGCAUAUUUGCUUUAGAAACUACAGAAAGGCUGGGCAUAGUGGUUUACACCUGUGAUCCCAGCACUUUGGGAGGCUGAGGUUAGAGGAUGGCUUGAAGCCAGGAGAUAGAGACCAGCCUGGGCAACAUAGGGAGACCCCAUCUCUACAAAACUAAAAAUAAAUUAGCUGCAUGAGAUGGCACCUACCUGUGGUCCCAGCUACUCAGGAGGCUGAGGUAGGAGGAUCACGUGAGCACAGGAGGUUGAGGCUGCAAUGAGGUGUGAUUGAGCCACUAUACUCUAGCCUGGGCAGCAAAGCAAGACCCUAUCUCAAAAAACAAAACAAAACCACAGCCAAAAACACUUACGAUUAAAAUUACCUGUCAUCCUUUCACUGAAAGGUAGCAGUGUAGUGCUUAGCUAUGUAUAUAUUUUUUUGCCCUGCGUACAUUUAUAGAUUUGACAUCUUAACUGCAAUAUUAUUCUCCUAUAGAUUUUUAUAUUUAAUGCAAAAUUGUUUUAUGUAUUUCUAUGCAUUGCCAGACUGAGAAAUUUUUGACUCUUACGUAAUGGUGUCGUUGGAUCAAUCCUUAUAGGCCAGUAACUCCCACAGUGGGGCAAUAUUUCUGUUAAUGGGGAGUUUGUAUAUUAUCUGCGUUAGCACUUAGGGAGCUGAUUUAGAUGUGGGUCCUUUGGGCCCCAUCUUCUGGAGUACUUUUUCAGGCAAGUCCUUGGUUUACUUCUUGUCUUCCUUGUAGCUUCUUUAAGGUAAAGCCCACGUGGUUUUGAUCCCUGGGUCCUGGCAUGUAGUACCUGCUCAAUAGAUUCUUGAAUGGAUGAACAGACAGGCAGAUGUACCCCAGAAUCUGAGGUGGGGAUGGUGGUUAUAGUUUGAAAAAAUUACUUAAGUUCAGGUCUGUCUGAAAAAAAAUGAUUGGUGAAUAUGGUGGUAGGAAGGGACUGAGUGGGGCUGAGAUAAGGACAAGGACUAGGAGAUAUUUUAGGAUAGGUGAGCUUCAGCUCUUCCGGGAAAAGUAAAACAUCUAGUUUCAGAAAUGUCCUGGUCCUGUCCUCCUCACCAGGCCUGGUUUUCAGUGGUGAAUAACCCCUCCCCCCAGUGUGGUAGAGGGAUUGUGUUCUAUCCUUUCACCUCCCCUAUUUACUCACCUGUAGGACAUCUUAUUCUCAAAAUAAGAACUAAAUAUAUUUUGGAGUUUGCUCCUCCCCGGGUAUGUUCUAAUAAAGAUUUCGAUGAGAAACUGCUGUAGUAUAUAUAGUGCAUUUCAGCUAGGGAUAACCAGAGCCUGUCAGUCAACAGCUGUGUCUGUCCCAUCCUUUCCGAGGACAGUCUGGGAUGAGGAAGAAUUUACAUAAAAGGUGGGAGGGGACUAGAGCAUGGAAGGACUGCUGAGGAAUCACCCCAGGAAGGAAAAGGUCCGUCUGGAAGGUGUUAAGGGUUUGUUGGUAAGCCAGGCUCCGCUAGAGAGCCCAGACAACUCUGGACUGCUCACUGAGAUAUUUUUGGCACUGAAGCCACAAAUCCAGUAUGAUUUCUUUUUCAUACUGACUUCUUAUAAUGUCACUUUAUAAUCAGUAGAUUUCUUAAUCACAGAGCCUAUAAAUCAGAAGAACUUUGCCUUUGAAAAAUGUAACUGUAUUAAAUGUGCUAUGGUCUUUCCUUGCUCAUUAGGGUUCACUUUAGAACAAGUUUUUAUUGAAAAGGAGAAAUUGCAAAUGCAUGCAUUUUACUUUAUUAGUGUAUAAACACAUGUAUUAUAUUGCUAAAAUCAUUUAGAAUUGAGGCAUUUUUGUAAUUCCAAGUAUACAAAGAAAAUCAGAAGCCGUUCUUUAUCCUGUCUCCCCUUCUUGUUGAAUUCAAAAUGACUUUACAGACAUUUGAUGUAAAGGCACUAAAGACAGUUAAAACCAUAGUCAUUAUGCUUUACUUAGAAUUCAGUAAAGAACACAGUUAAAGAACAAAAUAGCAAGCCUGGUUUAUUUGUCUGAAUAGUGCUUGUCUCAUGAUACUUUAUCUCAUAUGAGGGAAGGAGAGGGAAUCCUUCGAGUUACAUCGUAUAAGGUAGCAAAAAACAAAUACAAUAAAUGCUAGAGACAAUAUUUAUUCAGAAAACAGCAGCGAGUCCAGUGAAACUUGGAGACUGUGAAAUGCUGUGCCAGUCAUUAGAGCCAGGAGUAUAUUAUGAUUUAAUGGUACCUCUCUGCUGCAUCUCAUGAGCUGUCCUAGAAAAACAUUUUGAAGCAAUAAAGCAUCCAUUUGGCUCCUAAGUAAUGAGAGGCAUUGUUCUUUGCAUUAACUAUUUAUUCAGGAAGAGAAGUGACCAACUGUUAAUAAGCUUUAUCCAAAGAGGGUCGUGGAAAACAAGAAAAUGCAAAAGUGAGGUUCUCUUCAAUUUCAUAUGCAAUUAACAAAUAUCCAGAGCUGACUGAUUGGUGCUCCUCUUCCAUGUGACUUUUGGCUGGCUGUAUUUAAGGAUCAUCACUCCAUUCAGAAGGCUAAUGCUGUGUGCUGAGAACAGAAAGGAGAUGGAAGAUUGGAUCAGCUCUCUGAAGUCUGUACAGACCAGAGAACCUUAUGAGGUGGCCCAGUUUAAUGUGGAACAUUUCUCAGGGAUGCACAACUGGUACGCCUGCUCCCAUGCCCGACCCACCUUCUGUAACGUGUGCAGAGAAAGCCUUUCUGGAGUCACCUCCCACGGCCUGUCCUGCGAAGUGUGUAAAUUCAAGGCUCACAAAAGAUGUGCAGUGAGAGCCACAAAUAACUGUAAAUGGACCACGCUGGCCUCCAUCGGGAAGGACAUUAUAGAAGAUGAAGAUGGCCUCGCGAUGCCUCACCAGUGGCUCGAGGGCAACCUGCCUGUGAGUGCCAAGUGCGCCGUCUGCGACAAAACGUGUGGCAGUGUUCUCCGCCUACAGGAUUGGAAAUGCCUUUGGUGUAAGACAAUGGUACACACUGCGUGCAAAGAUUUAUACCAUCCAAUAUGUCCGCUUGGCCAAUGUAAAGUAUCUAUCAUACCUCCGAUUGCGCUAAACAGCACCGAUUCCGAUGGUUUCUGUAGAGCAACGUUUUCCUUCUGUGUUAGUCCUCUGUUGGUUUUUGUCAAUUCUAAGAGUGGAGAUAAUCAGGGAGUCAAGUUCCUUCGCCGCUUUAAGCAGUUGCUAAAUCCGGCUCAGGUGUUUGAUUUAAUGAAUGGAGGUCCUCAUUUAGGUUUAAGAUUGUUUCAGAAGUUUGACAAUUUCCGGAUUCUUGUUUGCGGAGGCGAUGGAAGUGUAGGUUGGGUUUUGUCAGAAAUUGAUAAGCUCAACUUGAAUAAACAGUGUCAGCUGGGAGUGUUGCCUUUGGGUACAGGAAAUGACCUCGCACGAGUUCUUGGCUGGGGAGGUUCAUAUGACGAUGACACCCAACUUCCUCAGAUCCUAGAGAAAUUGGAACGAGCCAGUACCAAAAUGUUGGACAGGUGGAGUAUAAUGACAUAUGAACUCAAAUUGCCACCAAAAGCUUCCCUACUUCCAGGACCUCCAGAAGCAUCUGAAGAAUUUUAUAUGACGAUUUAUGAAGACUCAGUGGCAACGCAUCUUACAAAAAUCCUCAACUCUGAUGAACAUGCAGUGGUCAUAUCAUCUGCCAAGACGCUGUGUGAAACCGUAAGGGACUUCGUGGCCAAAGUGGAGAAGACGUACGACAAAACCUCAGAAAACGCGGUUGUAGCCGACGCCGUGGGCAGUAAAUGUUCAGUCCUCAACGAGAAGCUUGAACAACUGCUGCAGGCUUUGCACACAGACUCUGAGGCUGCACCUGUUCUCCCCGGCCUCGGCCCUCUCAUUGUGGAAGAAGAUGCUGUGGAAUCCUCCAGUGAAGAGUCCCUUGGUGAAAGCAAAGAACAGCUCGUGGAUGAUGUUACAAAACCUUCCUCCCAGAAAGCCGUCAAACCAAGGGAAAUCAUGUUGCGGGCAAACAGUUUAAAGAAAGCAGUGAGGCAAGUCAUUGAGGAAGCUGGAAAAGUUAUGGAUGACCCGACAGUUCACCCCUGUGAACCAGCUCAUCAGUCCUCUGAUUACGACAGCACAGAAACAGAUGAGUCUAAAGGGGAAACUAAAGACAGUGGUGAGAAAGAAUCAUUGACUGCAGUUAAAACGGCACCUCAGUCUCCAGAUGCCCGGGCAAGUCAUGGCCAUUCUCACACUGAUUCUCUCCCUGGUGCAGCUGUGGCAGCCAGCAAAGAAAACCUCCCGGUGCUCAAUACGAGAAUCAUCUGCCCAGGUUUACGAGCAGGACUAGCUGCCUCAAUUGCUGGGAGUUCAAUUAUCAACAAAAUGUUACUGGCAAACAUUGACCCUUUCGGUGCCACCCCGUUUAUUGACCCAGAUCCAGAUUCCGUAGAUGGAUAUUCAGAAAAAUGUGUUAUGAACAAUUACUUUGGGAUUGGAUUAGAUGCAAAAAUUUCAUUGGAAUUUAACAAUAAAAGAGAGGAGCACCCUGAAAAAUGCAGGAGCCGAACUAAAAACUUGAUGUGGUAUGGAGUCCUUGGGACCCGGGAGUUACUGCAGAGAUCCUACAAGAAUUUAGAACAAAGGGUUCAACUUGAGUGUGACGGGCAGUAUAUUCCUCUUCCCAGCCUGCAAGGCAUAGCCGUGUUGAACAUCCCCAGCUAUGCCGGAGGGACGAACUUUUGGGGUGGAACUAAAGAGGAUGAUAUAUUUGCUGCACCGUCAUUUGAUGACAAGAUUCUGGAAGUUGUGGCAAUAUUUGAUAGCAUGCAAAUGGCAGUCUCAAGGGUCAUUAAACUGCAGCAUCAUCGAAUAGCCCAGUGCCGUACAGUAAAGAUCACUAUAUUUGGCGAUGAAGGAGUCCCAGUGCAAGUGGAUGGUGAAGCAUGGGUUCAGCCUCCAGGGAUUAUUAAAAUUGUGCACAAAAACAGAGCACAAAUGCUAACAAGGGACAGAGCCUUUGAGAGCACUCUGAAAUCUUGGGAAGAUAAGCAGAAGUGUGAUUCCGGUAAACCAGUUCUCCGAACCCACUUGUACAUCCAUCAUGCCAUUGACUUGGCAACAGAAGAGGUGUCGCAGAUGCAGCUGUGCUCCCAGGCUGCAGAGGAGCUCAUUACUAGGAUUUGUGACGCAGCCACGAUUCACUGUGUUUUGGAGCAGGAACUGGCCCAUGCUGUGAAUGCCUGCUCCCAUGCCCUGAAUAAAGCCAACCCAAGGUGCCCGGAGAGUCUUACGAGAGAUACCGCCACUGAAAUAGCCAUCAAUGUGAAGGCACUGUAUAAUGAAACAGAGUCUUUGCUAGUUGGCAGGGUUCCUCUGCAGCUGGAAUCGCCACACGAAGAGCGCGUAUCCAAUGCCUUACACUCUGUGGAGGUGGAAUUACAGAAACUGACAGAGAUUCCGUGGCUUUAUUACAUCUUACACCCAAAUGAGGAUGAGGAACCUCCUAUCGAUUGCACCAAAAGAAACAACAGAAGCACAGUAUUUCGAAUAGUGCCAAAGUUUAAAAAGGAAAAGCUUCAGAAGCAGAAGACAAGUUCACAGCCUGUUCAGAAAUGGGGCACAGAGGAAGUUGCUGCUUGGCUGGAUCUGCUCAAUUUGGGAGAGUACAAAGAUAUCUUCAUCCGUCAUGACAUCAGAGGGGCUGAACUUUUGCAUCUGGAAAGACGAGAUCUUAAGGACCUGGGGAUACCGAAAGUGGGCCAUGUGAAGCGAAUUCUCCAGGGAAUUAAAGAGCUCGAAAGGAGCGCUCCACAGUCAGAGGUGUGACCAUAUUGGUGCUAUUCCUUGGAAGAGAAGUAAUUGCCACUUAAUACAAAGUCCUUGGAAGCAAGUGGCUGUUCUUGUAGUUUUCUGCAUAGAUAAGUAAGCACCACUGAAGCACCUCUGUGGCUUGAUAUUUUGCUGUGGGUGAAAUUUUGAUUUGAGGUAUUAGAAAAUAUUUUUGUGCCAAAAAAUACAUUCCACAAAGCCAUUUUCUUCUUGUGCAAACCUGACAUGUUCAAACAUAUUCAGCAUAGUAAUAAGGUGGGAGGAGUCUGAGGUGAUUGCAUCGUCUAAAAGUGUGGAACUGCAGAGUUUACUUUCCUCAGAGCUGGUCUGACGGGACGUUCUGACUGCGCCACUGCAUAACAAGAUGUGCUUGAAACUUCAUUAUUGGAGGCAUUGGCCAUUUUCUUAAAAUCAUAGGUUAGGAGACUAAAAUAUAAAUUAAGUUGUGUUUUGAAUGUAGGUUGGCAUCACCUCCAACUCCUAGUGCUUAGUGGUCAAAGAACAUGUUGAAAACCGGUCAGGUAUGAAUGAAUGCAUUCUUCAUGCACAACGCUCCUGCCAGAAAUGUCUUUCUGUUUCUUGCAUGUCACAUCUAAUAUUGUGACACCUUAAUGGCUUUAAUGUCAGUUUUAAUAGGAUUUAAUUUAUUACUAAAGUCCAUUUUUGUUGGCUAAGGGCACUGCACUUUUUCUGUUUUUUAAUGUGGAAUUUUGUGUAAAUAUUCUGUACCUAAGACUUUGUGAACAUGUGUCUGUGCCAUCAUCAACAAAUGAUAUACAUCUUAUGCAGAUCAAUUUUAUUUCAAUCUGUCAUAAGCAGUAGGCGUGCACAUUAAGAAAAUUCUCUGGGUAUUUUCAUAAAAUUACAUGCUCCCUUACCUGACAAAACUUGUUACAGCUUUCCAAACCAAAAUUUCCACAGUUUGUUUCUAAUUUUCAAUUUCAAUUUAAUAAUUAUUUAAUAAUCUCUUUGAAUAUAAUACACUAUUGAUAUCCAGAAAUUCCCUGAGGUCCCAACUGAGAUUUAUAUACUGAUGGAUAACCCAGACUUACCCACUCUCUACAAUGUCUUCUGACACGAACUUCCCAACAGAAGGGAUUUAAAGUUUUUUCUAGUUGCUAUUAUUAUUAUCUCGGUUAAUUCUGAAUUCCUGUCAGGUGGAUAUUAUUUUCCUUUUUCUAAAACACUCUACUUCAGUGCGGCUUAUUAGAAGUCAACAUUACAAUGAUCAAAUCUUUGAAAACCAAAGGCAUACGUAUCAAAAGUCACAAAAAUAUCCUUAAAUAAGUUUUCUUUAGCCAUUAUAUACCAAAAUAUUAAUUAUAAUAUUUGAAAAUACUAUAUGUAAGAGAAACAGGGUACUGACUCAGUGGUGGCAAUUUUCAUAAAGUAGCCUGCUAGGUGCUUAGCAGAGAUAUACACACACAGAUACAUACAUACACAUAUACAUUUAUAUGUAUAUAUACACCUACAUAUAUAUAAUCUUGAGAUAUAGCAUCAUUGAUAUUUUCUAGACAGUUCUUUCCCCAGUGUUUAAAAAAGAAAUACUAAUAGAGCAUUUAAAAUGAAAUAUUGUCAGGCAUAUUAUUUAAUUAUAUGAAAGGAGUUUACUUGACACUUUUGUUUAUAACUUGGGUAUUUAACUACUAAUAAAAAUCACAAAAUCUGGAUGUCUUUAAAAUAAAUCACCCUGAAGGGUUCCUGAGCAAGUAUAUCUGACUAUAUAUUUUACCUAAGUUGCAAAUAAAUGGAAAUUUUCCAAAGACAGCUACAUCAAGUAGUUUAAAAAGAGUCAUGAGGCCGGGCGUGGUGGCUCACGCCUGUAAUCCCAGCACUUUGGGAGGCUGAGGUCAGGAGUUUGAGACCAGCCUAACCAAUAUAGUGAAACCUCAUCUCUACCAAAAAUACGAAAAUUAGCCAGGUGUGGUGGUGGGCAUCUGUAAUCCCAGCUACUCAGGAGGCUGAGGCAGGAAAAUUGCUUGAACCCAGGAGGUGGAGGCUGAGAUCACACCACUGCACUCCAGCCUGGGUGACAGUGCAAGACUCCAUCUAAAAAAAAAAAAUGGUCAUGAAUGAAUUAUUCUGUCUACACUUAUGAAGUCAGAGGUCUCCUUUUUCAGUCCCUCUGAUAGUCUCACCUAAGUGCCAUCCUGCUCCUGUAAACACUUUCCUAUGAAACCAAAUAGGAGCUGCCAGGUUCCCGGAACUCUUCUGACAUUGCAGAUCUCUGGCCAUCUGUACCAAAAAAAGAGAAAGAAACGUGAGGGAAGGAAAGGGAAGAACUCUAGUAUAAAGAAUGUAUUAAUAUAAAUAUCUAUAUUGAUUUUCACCCCCCAUGCCCCUUUGCUAAUAGAAAAGAUCCUAGCUAUGGCGUGUCCCUAAUUUAAGAGUGUGAUGUGAAGGACUGAAUUCUGUUUGUUUGGUGAUCUUUUUCCCUCUUCGGUAACAUCUUUUGUACAUGGUUUGAAGUCUCAGGUAAUGGAAUCCUACGGUGCAUUUCUGGCUAGCUCAGUCGGUAGAGCCUGAGUCGCUUAAUGGAAUCCUUAAUUAGCUAGAAUUUUCCUGCAAAUGGCUUUAGAUGAGGGAAAUUCUAUAAAAUGACAAUUUGGAUAUGCUUUUUGUUCAAUGAGAGCAGUUUUCUCUGUAUGCUUUGUCUGUGCAUGGCUGUGCAGGGCACAGAUGACUUCACCGAAAUCUGUUUCCAGGAGGGGGUCUUCCAAGCCUCCUUAGGCCCCUGUCAGUAUCAUAAAGAAUUCAUCUUCUUAUAUCAGAUGGGGUUACCCUCCCCCCCCCCGAAUAAAGUAGGGAAGACCUUCUCCAUGGAAUCAGGUCACAGCUUUGGGGAGCGGGAUGGGGCCUCUGUGCUUCGAUCCAUGCAUGAGCUGAGGUGAGAAACUCCCACCUACACCUGACUGCAGUGAUUGGAAUGGCUGGAAUUGUCACCUCUUCUCCUUGAUAGGCUCUCCCGUGCCUGGAGGAUGCGGGCUGGGGGAAGGGCAGGGAAAGGAAGGGAGUCAGCCAGCAUUUCUUGUGGGAAAACUUGCUUUUAAAUGAGGAAAGGGACAGAAUCAGACCUAAAUAAAAUUCCUGAGUAUUCAAUAUUUCUCUUCAGUGUCUCUCCGCCUCCCUUUCUGAGUUUCUUUCCUACAUUCUGGCUCUUCCAUUUUCCCAGUGCCCAAUACAGUCAUGGUUGCUGAAAUUCUCCCUGCCUCUGCUUUCCUUUCCCCAUCAGUUGCCCCACUAUAAGAUGACCCCUUUCAUCUCUCCUUUCCUGAAGCAUACAUGGUGGGUCAUUUAAGUGUUAGGAAGAAAACUAAUUUAAAGAAACUGAUUUUACAGUUAGCAUUCUAUGAAAGGAUACUUGCUAGGUAAUCUAAAUGAAUCGAUGGAUUAGAUAAUUUGAGACUGUGACAUAUAUUGCUUUGCUGACAAGAGAUAAGCCAUGAAUGUCUAGAUCUGUGCUGUCCGAUAGUCUGGCUACAUGCAGCUAUGUAAAUUUAAAUGUAAUUUAAUGAAGCCAGGCACAGUGACUCAAGCCUGUAGUCUCAGUGACUCAGGAGGCUGAGGUGGGAGGAUGGCUUGAGGCCAGGAGUUUGAGACCAGCCUGAGCAACACAGUGAGACCCUUUCUCUGAAAAAAAUUUUAAACUAGCUGAGCAUGGUGGCAUGAGCCUGUAGUCCCAGCUACUCUGGAGGCUGAGGUGGGAGGAUUGCUCAAGCCCAGGAGUUCAAUGCUGCAGUGAGCCAUUAUCACGCUAGUUCCCUCCAGCCUGGGUAGCAGAGCAAGACUCUUACUCUUCAAAAAAAUUAAUUUAAUUAGAAAUUUUAUUUUUCAGUUGCACUAACUACAUUUCAAGUGUUCGGUAACCAUAGUGGACAGUACAAAUGUAGAAAAUUUCCAUCACUGCAAAAAUUCUAUUGGACAGCACUGGUGUAGAUCAUUGGUACUCAAAAUGGGAUCCAUGGGCCAGCAGUAUCAAUGCUAUGUGGGAGCUUACAGAAAUGCAGAGUUUCAGGUCCACUUCAGACCUAAUGAAUCAAAAUCUUUCUUUAGCAAAAUUUCUCAAAUGAUUAGCACUGACCUCCAUCCAUUUUAUCCUUCCUUAGAUAUUAGGGACGUGAUGUCUGAGGUCAUUAAAAGGUGCCCGGAAUAGCUGGUUUCUUAAUCCACUGUUUCCUGUUCAUUCUCCAGCUAAUCUCAGCAAUGAGCUGAAACUCAUUCAUCACCCUCGCUGAGUUUUCUUCUCAAUCCUUCUUCCUAAUUCUGGUUCUAGAAGAGCCCUAUCGAUCCAGUGCUUGUGUUUUGGUAGCCAAUGUGGGACACAGGAGACUGGCAGACCGACACAGCUGGCCUCUCGCUAGCCCUCCCCCCAUCUCUAAAUCACUAACAGUCCUUGUUUGCUCAGUUUGUUGAUGUGCAGCAUGUUCAUUUGUUCACAACGUAAUCACUGAACAUUUCGGAAAAAUAUGUACUAAGUUAAAACCAUGUUAGUCUCCGACAACUUGCACAUUUUCCUCUUCUCUUAUCAGUAGAUUGUCCUGCUGACACAGUUUGUGCUCGAGGACCCGUAGCAGCACACACACAUUAAAUGAAUUGUUAGGCAUGCGAAAAAAGAAAAAGGAUUGAACCAAAAUGAUUGCAAAGGAAGUAAAUGCCAUUUAAGCCCUCUAAGAAGGCAUGCUGUGCUACAUUUACAUCUGUUUUUCUUGCGCUCACUUAUCUUGAUUUUCACAUGGUUAAUAAUUCCCUAAAAUAGUGCCUGAAAAAUAAUGUGUCACGUUCUUGACCCCAAAGGACAAUUCAUUUAAUUCUAGAAUAAGAUCUUUGCCAAUGAGACGUAUUGUCGGGAAUCCUUCACUUAAUAACUUUUACACAUUAAUAUAAUGCACCAAAACACAAUUGCCUAGAGAUGCUUUAGCUAAUUUUUAUUAAUAAAGAGGACAGUAGUUUUGUCUUCAUGGAACCUAUUUUCAACAGGAAUCAAGGAAGAAAAUAUUCAUGCAAAGCUAUGACUUAGAAAGUGAUAGGGGCUACCUCUAUACAGCACUUCUAAAGUAACAGCUUGUCUCCAACUGGGCUGACAACAUAGUGGGCUUUCACGAUCUAUGGAUAUGAAUUCUUUAAGGAUAUAGCCCUAAUUAAGGUAUAAAAACAAUGCAUCUCUCGACCUUGAUGUUUAGGAUCUCUCCUGUCUGCCCCCAUUCCGCCCCACUCCGCCCCACUCCAAUGAACUCAUCCUACAUCUUUCUAAAACACCAGCUUCUUUAGAUCAGCUGAAAUGAAGAGUGAGAAGUGAAAAUUCCUCUACUAGUAAUUGUUAGCCAAUAGAAUAGCCUCCCAAGCAGUCCCCGCAGCACUUGGUUGCCUUGGGUCUCUCUCGUCUCACUGCCCGCCCCGGCGCUUGUCUCUUCCAUGGCAUCCUGACUGACUUUUGUAUAGCAAUCUCUGUGUCAAGUCAGGAAUAUGAUGCCUUCCUAAAGCAGUAACCGCAACGUGAUGAUUAUUGGUUUUUAUAAUACACAAAGCAUUAAUUUUUUUUCUUAUCCUAUUUUCUCUUUAUUAUUUUUUUUCCAAGUUUUGUUUAGAGACAUUUAUGUUAGAAGAAAAACUAUAAAAUUUUACCUUUGUGGAGAACAGAGAGAUCAAAGACAGCUGGACUGUACCUAUUUGUAUAAUUAUUUCUGAUAUUUUUAAAGAAAAGAAGUUUAACAGAGUAACCCAGACUGAGACUGUUAAACUCUGUUUAUGAUAAACUCUGUAUUACAUGAUAGUGAACAGAUUAAUUCCCUUCAUGCAACUAAGAUAUUGUAUUUACAUUAUUUAUAUACUGUCUUAGUUUUUUAUGCACUUCCAAGUUUUAGUUGGAAAAAUGAAAACCAAGCUACUACUUAAAAGUUAUUAAAAACUUCACAUAAAAGAUUCCAUUUUAGCUACAAGUUAUUCAUUGCAUAGGAUUUUAUAAAUAGUCUGGGUAUUUCACAGGAACUGCAUUUCAAAGGAAAAUUAACCAAACAUUAAAAAAUGGGGGUUACUUUUUAAAUACAUUAAAAUAAAGAAGUUUCUUUCUCAGUGGAUAAUGCCAUUAAGGUAGGAUAAUGCAGUUAUAUACACAAGCUGAAAAGCAAAAGAAUAUAUUUUGUGGUCCUUAAUGUUUGACUGUGGCAUUGUUUCCCACAGCUUAGCCAUAUCUAUUUCUAUUUACCAAGUAUGAAGAGGAUAUGUAGUGAAGAUUUCUUACAGUUCUGGUAACUGGUAACUAGUGCUGUGAAAGGUUUUGGUAUUGCAACAUUCCCAGUUUUGUGAGUUAUAUAUUGUAUAUUGAAAAUGACUAGUAAAUUCAAGUAAUAUAUUUAUCUAGAGCUGGGAAAAUACAAUAAUUAUUUACAAAUCUUCAAGUAAGUUGUAUCGAAUGUUUUUCUUCCUCUGAAGUGAGAGAAGUCUCACUUUUGUGUUAAAAUGUCUAUUUAUGCAACAGGUUUCUCCUUUUGCUGGUGUUAUUAAUUUUCAUAUUAAAAUUUUUCUUAUCUUUUUAUAUUAAAAUAAUUAUGCUGGCUAUUUAGACUGCCAAGAUGUAUUUUAGUUUGCAGGAUUUUUGGCAGACAAAAUAUUUAAUAACAAAUAUAAAAGCAUUGUAUAUUUUGUGACAUUAGGGACAAGAAUUUUACCUUUGAAUUUCUCUAUGUGAGGCAGUCCUGGUUUCAGCAAAGUCAGUAACAGACAGUAUUACUUGUAAUCAUCAAAAGAAGGUUUCCACAAGUUGUAUAAAUCAGUGCAUUUAUUUAUUAUGUUGUGAAAUUUAAUGUUUAUACAAAAUACAUAUUCUAGCUCUUUUUUACUGCUGUUGCUUCGAGUGUAUAGUUCUGUUGAUGAUUUACUUAUGUACUUGAAGUACUCAUUUCUGUCAAACAGAUGCCCAAUUAUUUUCCUUUAAAAAAACUGUAUUCUUUACCAUCAUAGAUAGCUGAAUAGUAAUAGAUACUUUGUUAAAAAAAUAAGUUUCAUGUGUAAAAUAAACAUUUUUUAAAAAUAUAAAGCCAAAAUGAAAUCACCAAUAUAAAGGAUUUAAUGUAGCCAAGGGAUUCAGAGUGUUCAAUUUUGCAAACAUAUAUUUUAUCUUCGUGUCACAACUUCUUUUCUGUAGUUAAUUCUCAGUUUUAGCUGAAGACAGAGCUCAGUGAUUGUACUGCCAAUAGGACACUCAAAUGAACAUUAGGAGUUUUGAACACUGGUCAGGCAUGUGGCUCAGGCCUGUAAUCCCAGCACUUUGGGAAGCCAAGGUGGGUGGAUCACCUGAGAUCAGGAGUUCAAGACCAGCCGGGCUAACAUAAUGAAACCUCGAUUCCACUAAAAAAAUUAAAAUUAGCAGGGCAUGGUGGCGGAUGCCUGUAAUCCGAGCUACUUGGGAGGAUGAGGCAGGAGAAUCACUUGAAGCCGGGAGGCGGAGGUUGCAGUGAGCCAAAAUCUCACCACUGCACUGCAGCCUGGGUGACAGAACAAGACUCCGUCUUGGGGAAAAAAAGAAUCUUGAACCCCCCCCCAAAAUAUCACAUAUCUAGCAAUUCUUGGUUCCAGGUGGAUAUUUUUAACACGUUUGCCUUUGGCUCUAGGAUAGUAACCAUUAUGGAUGAUGGUUUGUUUGUUUCUGUUAAGUCAGUGAGAUUUUAAUUGUUUGAAUUAUUUCUAUUUAAAAUUAUUCUCAAUAUAACUGUUUUAACUUCAACUUUUAACAGUUUUCUUCUAUUUUAACUUUAACUUUUAACCAUUUUCUUCUAUUUUACAGCGUUAGCAGUUGAUCUGUGCUAUUUAAGAACUCAUAGGAGACAAUUAAUUUACUAUAAUUUCAAAGGCAUAGAGUUUUAUAUUUUACUGCUGCACAAGCAGUUAUUGGAGGUGGGAAAAAGGAAAACUGGUAUGAGAAAUUACAUGGAAAUUACAAGAAAAAGGAAGUUGAGUUGGUAAUUUGGCCAAGAUUUGGGAACAAAUAGUUUGAACAUAGGUAUCUCUCAUCUUAUACGAUAGAAACACAAAGCACACGUGAGCUGUAUAGUACGCUGAACACCACCGCGAAACAAAAAAUGGCGCAUUGAUGAAGUCCGAGACUAUCUAGAUCUUAGCAACUAGUGAAUUCGGGGAGCCCAGACUACUGUGGAAAGUUAGAAGUCAGUAAGAAUGCAGUUCAGAUGACCUAAUCGUUCAAGACACUUGAUGGGUUCCACACUAGGGUUUAUGGUAUGGGGCAGACAUCUGUGCUUUCUCACCUCAGUGACUGAUGUCUGAAGAAGUAGUCAGAUGCUUACUGGUUCUUACAGAAGAACAUCAGUAAACGGGGAUCAGACCGUACCCCGCAGACCAAGGAGGUUUCCUUAAAUUUGCUAAACCUUGAAAGGUAUUAGCAAUGAUAAUUGCUAAAUGGAUUUUUUUCCUUUCACUGAAACAAAACAAGUAUUAAAAUUCACAAUACCUAGAGAUGGGAGUAUGGUUUAGGUUUAUCGAGUUCUGUAACUGACUUUGGCAUUGCCUCAUUGUGUCCUUUCUACAAGUUAUGAUGACUUGGUGUCCCCAGUUAGAAAUGGCACACGAUACUAUCAGAUGUUGGUACUUGGUAAUGUUUCUUUUACAAAAGGAACUGCGUAAGUAUUAAUCAUAACUCGUUUGACGGUUUCUUUCCCACUGUCAUUUUAGAUGUAAAGAAAGUCUUCCUAGACUAUAGCAUGGAAAUGAGAACUUCAGAUUGAUAUUCCUGAUGUUCAAUUUAAAAAUGAAAGUGAAGUUAAAAUUAAUAGUUUCUGUCCCAGAGUAGAUUAUGGGUAUUUUCAUGUUACACUUCAGGUUCAUAUUAUUCAUUUUAGGAUAUGCCAAAAACUCACUUCUAAAAUCUUCAAAAAUUUUGAAGUUUUAUUUUUUUCUACACUUAAGCCAAACAACAAUUUUAUAGAUGUGAAUAUAUAUAUUUAUAUUUAAGUCCUUCACAUCGUUUCUUAGUUUAACUCCCCGAAGAGGAAAAUGUCUCUUUAAACCAGUAGUUAAAAAGAUGGAGUAUGUGAUGUUCCUUUCUCUGUACUGAGUGAAUGUUUGCUCUAGAGCAUGGAUCACUGACUGCGCUCUCUGACUGUGGAAUGGUAUUCUCUCAUGCAAAGUACUUUCACAACUUCCCAUAAAAAAACUAAACUAUAGAUCCUCUUAAUUAAUGGAAAUCUGGGUACAAUUACGGGAAUUAAAUUAGAAACUAGAAUAACCUAGUUAAAAUCAUAUUAGUUAUACUUGAGGGUAAGUGAUGACUUGAUUUUUACAUGACAUUUGAAUUCUGUCACUAUCUGAUUCUUGACCUAAAGAUUUCUUUGCUAAAUCUGAUAUUUAUUAUAAUAUAUAUAAUAAUUUGGAGCUCCUAUUGCAUCUCACCACCCAAAAAAUGUUCGAAUGCCAUAUGAUAUAGGAAAAAGACUGCAGUUCAUCACCGUGGAAUUUUGAUUUGUCUUAAUGACACAACUGAAUUUUUAUGAUGAUAGAUCUCUAAAUGAUUAAUCCAGAAGGACUUGGUGCAGUGACUGGAAGAAAUUGUUUUUCUGGGAAUUUGCUUCCCAUAGUGACCUGACAUACAGGUGACCUUAGUGUAAUUGAAAUUAAUUAUAAUUUUAAUUAGAACAUGCUCUGUUUAUAGAUUUUAAUUGUGCAGCAGUUUUUUAAAAUAUACAUAAUUAUGAGGAUGAGAGAAUUGCAAACUUGAACAGGUCUUUUGUUUUCUCUCCUUUUACUUGAAAAGCUUUCAGAGAGCUUUUGAGAGAUGACACCGUUUUCAUAGUAACACUAUGCAAAUUAGGCUCUUCUGCCAAGAAACUCAUGAACCAAAACACAGAGUAACACAAAUGCUUAAUCUGAAUCUUGCCUUUGGAUUUUGCAAGCAAAAGUAUUUCCUGUAUCAAUUUUUUUUCAGUAUUUAUGGAGUGGCAUAUUUCAUUUUUUUUUAUUAUACCAAAGUUGAAUUCUCAUUUUAUGCUGUAUUUUUCAUUAGUUGCAGUAAAGUGUUAAUUUCUUUCUUUCUUUCUUUUUUUUUUUUUUUGAGAUGGAGUUUCGCUCUCCUUACCCAGGCUGGAGUGCAAUGGUGCGAUCUCGGCUCACCGCAACCUCCGCCUCCUGGGUUCAGGCAAUUCUCCUGCCUCAGCCUCUUGAGUAGCUGGGAUUACAGGCACACGCCACCAUGCCCAGCUAAUUUUUUGUAUUUUUGGUAGAGACAGGGUUUCACCAUGUUGACCAGGAUGGUCUCGAUCUCUUGACCUCGUGAUCCAAAGGCCUCGGCCUCCCACAGUGCUGGGAUUACAGGCGUGAGUCACCGCCGCCGGCCUAAAGUGUUAAUUUCAUUGUUGCCUUUCAGGCCUUCAUCAUAGAAACCCUCACCAUGUUUCACUCCUGUGCUUUUGCCAUAGUUUUUUUUUUUUUUUUCAGCCACUGGUUUUUCUACUUUUACUCUUUCCCACCAGAGUGGUCUUUCUAAAACAUAUUUGCUAAAAGUUCUUAAGCAGGCUCUCUUUUCCGUAAAUUACAGCAUAGCAACCUAACUCCUAAGCAAGAUGAAUUAGUCUCCAUGACCUUGCCUCUUUCUUCCUUUUUAGUAUCCUCACCCACCAUCCCUUCAUCGACUUUUGUAAUCCGGGAAUUUGGAACUAUGUAUAAUUUAGUGUCGUGGCAUAAUGACAUGCCAUAGAUGAACAUAUUCAAGACUCAGUUCAAAUUUAACGUUCUGUGAAGCCCUACCUGACUUCCCUAGGCAGAUAUUUCCUCCAUGCCUAUAGUAUAUUGAAACUUUUUCUGUUAACAUAACAUUUCAGUUACACAUACACAUGCACAUACAAACACACGCAGGUGCAGGAACACACACACACGCACACAGACACACACACACGCCUGUCUCUCCCACUGAAUUUCUCUCGUUUUGUAUUCUCAGUGUCUAGCUACACAUAAUAGAACUUAGAUAAAUAUUUUCAGAUGAAGGUAAUAUAAAACCCAAACUUCUCUGGAUUUGUAUGCUUUCACAAACAAAGGCUUAGGAAUUCUCUGGAAGUCCACGAGGUCAGUGUGCAUUCAUGAGCAUGCGUGCACUCUGGGCAAAGCAACAGAAGAUAAACAGCAAGGAAGAGCAGUUGUUUUGUGAAAAAUAACCAUUUGUUAGCUGUACAUCAGAAAUAUCGACCAAAUCUGAAUUCUUUUUCACAUAACUGCCAGACUUUGAUUUGUAAUUCAUAAAGAUGCCCUAAAGAUCAUCUUUCUCUUUUAUAGACAUUUAGUGUAUGGCGUCCACAUAAAUACAUACACUGAUUACCUACAGACAAUAAUGAGACUUCAGAAAGAAUCAAAAGCAGUAGUGAAGGUGGAAUUUUUAAAUAAUAUUCAGCUGGGGGAAUAGACUGAGUUGAUGUGACUUCAGGUUAUUUAGAGUUAUUAUGUUAAUGUAAAUGUAAGAAGGCUUAUUUGUGACUAUUAUCAACCUCUGUAGAAUAUAAAGACUAAAAACUAUUACCUAUGGGCCUGUUUUUCUUUGUGAUUCAAUAAAGCCUUUUCUACCAUGUCACCAAAUACUCACAAAGGCUAACACCGAAUGCUCUUCCAAGUUAAUAAUAUCUAAAAUUAAAUAUUAGGGCCCCACAUGGUGGCUCACACCUGUAAUCCUAGUACUUUGAAAGGCUAAGGUGGGUAGAUCACCUGAGGUCAGGAGUUCUAGACCAGUCAACAUGGUGAAACCUCAUCUCUUCUAAAAAUACAAAAUCUAGCCAGGCAUGGUGAUGCACACCUGUAGUCCCAGCUACUCCGGAGGCUGAGGCAGGAGAAUUGCCUGAACCCAGGAGGCGGAGGUUGCAGUGAGUCUAGAUUGCACCACUGCACUCCUGCCUGGGCAACAGUGUGAGACUCUGUCUCCAAAAAAAAAAAUUUUUUUGUAAAAAUAUUUGUAAUUAACUGAAAUGCCCUGUUCCUUUAUUCACUUUUGAUAGACUUUUUAACCUGCUCUAUACUUGGCACUCAAUUAGCUUCUGGGGAUACAAAUAAAAUAGCUCCUGUGUUGUAAAGUCCAAGUUUGUUUUCACAGUUAUUUUUCUACAGUCCGUUUAAGGUAUUAGGAGAACUUUCACAAACCAAGUGUUUUUCAGGUUAUUUCAGAGAGGAAUCUCCCUCCACCCAAAAAAACUAACCAAAUCAUUUUAUCAUAAAGAGGUAAUCCCAUUUUUAUGUCCACAAUUUUUAUAUUUUUGUGUCAGCCACCAAUAAUUUUGACUGUUUUGUCAAGUAUGUAUUUCAUCGAUCCUAUUUCCACAACCUUUAUAAAAAUGAUCCCACUGACUGAUAGAUCUGUAGAAUGUGAACUCACAUUUAAUGUUUAUUUUAGAAAGGCAUAUCCUAUAUCCCAUAUCCCUAUUGAUGACACAUAUACCAAAAUAUAUAAGAGCUAUGCCUGGUAAACCCACAGGAAAAGGAAAAAGUAACGCUUUCUGGUAUACUUCAGAGGCUCCACUUGAAGAUGUAUGUGGGUUGAUGUUUCCUUGAUUAGUUUGAAUGAGGAGUAGGGGGUAAUAAUAUUUAACAGGUAGCAUACGUAGCUAAGCAUAUAGUAAAUACUAGUGCCAUGAGGCACUAAUCUAUAGAGGAAACAAAAUUAUUUUUAGUUAUAAAAGAAUCUCUAAGUAUUUAUGGAUGGUUAGGCAAUAGGGUUUCUUCAUGAGAAGGAAAAAAACUGUAUCUGUAUUGUUAGUAAGUAUGGAAAAACCCCAACUUGUAUGUAUAUUCACACUUUGAAAGGCAUAUUUUGAAGUCAUUGUUUCCCAUCAAUAUUAAGUAUCAUCCAUUUCUAUGUUCUAUAGCAAAAGAAAAUUCUUAGUGUGAUACAGCUUUACUCUUUGCUCGACUUUGUGCAAGGUCCACAAAAGGAGGAGUCUCAAAAGAUUGGACACUUUUCCCUCAACACAUUCAUUUUAUCUUUCGAUAAAGAUAACUUGAAAUCAUUGGCCUCCAGUUUAUCAUCGUGUUGAAAACACAACAGUACUGUUCCUUUCAUCCCUUACAUUGGAAAAGGUAUUUUAAAUUUAGCUUUGCCAUAGUAUUUACAGUUAGGGAUUUACUACAUUUUGGUAGUCUGUUUUGAAACUAAGCACUUGUGUCUGAAAGAUGCAGAUAAUAUCUAUCUAUUUAUUACACAGUGGGCUCUGUUUGCUGCAGAAAGGAGUGAAACUUUUAAUGGCUUAGCACACUUGCCAGUGAAAUAUACCUGACAGAGCAGAGGUUAUAACCUUGGCUCUAAUUACUUUUAAUAAUGGUAAGACGACGUGAGUUUUGUUUGUUUACAUGCUGUUUACAAUGGCAUAAUUUUAAAUAUAUAUACAGUUGAGAUAUUUAUUGCAUAGCAUUUUAAAGAUGUUUUAUGUGUUUUCACCUUCGGAAUAUAUUGUUACAUUUCCUUGUACAGAUAAUGUGGGUGGCUUUGUUAAUGUAGCUAGGAAUUUUUAUGACUACUAAGUGACCAGUUUUGGUGCCUUUGAUUGUGGGAUGCAUGAUUAUGUAUUUAUUGUACGGAAGUCACUGAUGUGUGUAUUUUUGUACUCUACUGAAAGUGAUGGCUGAUCCUGAUGUAAUGAUGAUGAAAGACAUCUUUCCCAAAGGGCACUGCCUUGAGAUCGCCCUUCUCAAAUAAAAAGAAUGCGUUUG